AUAAUCGCGAUGCUGAGUAUGUUGUUGAUAAUCGCCUCAGUGAUAACCUCAUGUUUAGAAACAAUGGAAUAUUUCUCGGAAUCGCAAUCUACUCAACAUCAAGUCAUUCACAUAUUGGAAAUAAUCUGUGUGAUAUGGUUUACAGCUGAAAUCUUAAUUCGCUUUACUGUUUGCCCAAAUAAACGAAAAUUCAUCAAACAAAUCAUGAACUGGCUAGAUUUCGCUGCAAUUAUCCCGUUCUAUCUUCAACUAUUCCUUACAAACACAGAAAUGAAUUCUAUAGUGGCUCUGCGGAUAAUCCGUUUGAUUCGUGUAUUCAGGGUAUUUAAAUUAUCGCGGCACUCAUACAGCCUUCAGAUCCUCGGCCAUACUUUAAGAUCGAGCUUAAGCGAGUUGUUUCUGCUUGGAUUUUUUCUCAGUAUUGGCGUGGUUGUGUUUUCAACGCUGAUGUUUUAUGCCGAACACGAGUCCGGGGCCAAAAAGUUUUCAUCUAUCCCAGCAGGUUUUUGGUGGGCAGUGGUUACUAUGACAACGCUAGGUUAUGGCGACAUCGUUCCGGAGACAUUACCCGGCAAGCUAGUUGGUACAGCAUGUGCGAUAUGUGGCGUUCUAACUAUUGCUCUACCUAUACCUGUCAUUGUGAGUAAUUUCUCGCUAUACUACUCCCACGCUAAAGCGAAGCAAAAGGCGUCUCAACGGAAACGGCCGCUAGUCAUCGGAGCUGCAAACGCGUUGAAAGUUAUCGACCCGUUUGUCGGAUCUAGGACUACAAAUCUCAGACUUAGUGGAAUGUCAGAAAACGCGAGUUACAUGAGCCCAAGUUCCCGAGUUAGAACCUGGCCGAAGAUUGCUUUAGAUAUGGCUGGCAGUUCAUUUGACAGCAGCGAGCCACCUGGAAGUCCGAACAGAAGACGCUUGUCUAGGUUGCCUGAUAAGUUUUGGCAAUUCGACCAGGCAAGAAAUUUUGACAACAACAUGAAGCAAUGCAUUUCAUCGAAAUACAUCAAUGAAACUUCUGCACAGAUUUCCGAAGAUUACUGCAGAGGUUCUGAAGAUUUCACGAUCAUUGUCCCAGAACGACCACACGAUAUGUCGACGAUGUCAUCGGAAAUUAGGAACCGUCUGUCCAUUACCUCAUAUACACAAGACGAACCUUGCCAGGACUUGGCGAAAUGUUUCGAUCCAAGCGAAACGAAGAAGUGCAAUGGAGCUUACGAGAAUGAAGCCAUAGAGCAAAACAGCGAAAACGAAAAUACACCGAGAACUGUACCGAUGACGUUUCAAUUCGAAGAUGGAGAGUUGGAUAGUGAUGAAGACAGUGUACCCCAAGGCGAGCAAUAUUAUCGAAAUCAGAGCACUUUACCCAAGAUUGAAAUUAUAUGCAACUCAUCUGCUUCUCAGAUGAGCGGAUCAAAUAAUGAAGAUGAAACAAGUGAUCGGAAAUCAAGUAGGAAGACAAAAAAGAAAUUAAAAAGGUCUCAUUUUGCAGUGGAGAAGGCCAUAAGUUCUCCAGCAUUGAGUGGUCAAGGCUUUUCAGGUAAAAAUCUUCCUGGUCGGAUGGGAAGACGAGGUAGCGUGUUUGUUGUCGGGUUUCUAGGAAAAAGAUGGCAAGCUAAGGCGGCAAAGAGUCGCAAGAAUCGUAGUAAAUCAAAACGUACCAGCGGCGAACUCUCGCCAAAUAAAAGCCAUUUAGAAUUGCUUCAGGUUUCGCCGACUAUAUCAUCUCGAGGAAGCUCACCAAAUGAUGAAUCAUGCAGAACAAGUAUCACUAGCUUCAACACACCAAACUCAAGUGUUAGUUCCACGUCAAUGGUAUUCCGUUUUCCAGGAAAUCAAGCCUCGCCCGAACCCAGUUCCUUCAGGCGUUCAAGUUGUCCUACUUUACCAACAUUAAACAUUUCUGAGGACAAAAUGGACCUUAAUCUCGCCACGAAUGGGUGCACAGGACAUAACGAAGACGAAAAUUCUGCAAAAUAUUGUGAUACUAACGACAUUGUCCUGGUAAGUGGCUCGUUGGAUGAAACUAGAUCGAACGACACAAUACCUAGUGAAGACAGACUUGAUACAAACCAGCCCGAGCUUGAUACGAAGGAUAGCGAUGUUCUUCCGAAGCAUAACCGAGUGGAUACGAAUCAUUGCGAAGUUAAUGCGAAACAUAACGAAUUCGAAACGAAGGGUAACAAAUUUCAAACGAAGCACGAUGUUGAUUUCAAGCGUAACAGAGUUGACACGAACCAUCACGAAGCUGAUGCGAAAAAACUCGAGGGAGAGAAAGGAUCGCCUGAAAUGAAUGAGGAAGUUGGUAAUAUUUGUAAAGAGAAGGCCAAAGUUGAUAUCAACUGUUCUGAACUGAACAGGGAAUUAUCAAACGAAGGGACAAGAAUUGAUUCUAAAGGAAAUAAAAGUGACAUGAUGUUAAAGCAAGAAAAAUUAGUAGGCAACCAGCGUUCAUUCUUAUCUAAUGAAAGCGAUUCCAGUCUUAGAGCGGAAUUCGAUCGGACGGUUCAACGUUCUUCGUCUCCACUAAUGCGACAGAAAGCGUUCAUGUUAUGUCAAGAAAGAGAAAAUAAAAGCCUGGAAAAUAAUGACGAAAUGCAAGGUCCCAGUUUGCAAAAUUGUUUCACAAUUGAUCAUGCAGGGAAGACAUUUGACUACCACGGAAAAAGCGGAAAACCUAGCGAGAGCGAAACUGGUGGUUUAGAUUCGGUAAAGACCAAACGUAGCACAAUUACCCUGGUGGAAAUAGGUAAAAAUCAACCAUCAAAUAGUCAAUUUUCGUCGCCCGACAGCCUAAAAACACUCACGAUAGAGAAUACCAAAGAAGGAGGGACUAAAAAUAUUCCAAGCAGCAUCAUUCAGAAAACGUCUGAUGACGAAUAUAAUUUGACUAAAGGUAGUUCAGACAAUAACGGGAACUUGAUUGAUACAGAAACAACGUUUAAGUCAAAGCAAGAUGUGCAAAUGAAGGAGAUCAUCAGCGAAACAAUUCAAGACGAACCUAAAACUAAAUCAGUCGCAGACAAUCAGGUUAUUAUAAUAAAUGAGGAUAGCGGGAAAGAUCUAACGGGAAGAACUAUUGAGUUAGUAAAUAAGACUGGAAAGCCUUUAAAUCCGCAUUUUACCAACAAAGAAAUUGAAAGCUCUCAAAAUUUUCAAGCAACUGAAUAUGCUUCAGACAACGAAAAUACUGGCGGUAGAAAUAACGAGGUGUAUGUCAAAAGCUUAAUGCGAGAGAAUGGUGGUUUCAAAAAGUCAAAUUUCAUACUAUCUACUGCGAAUCAACAAAAACAAGGAUUAAUAAAUGGGUACAGCGAUGGAAAUAAAACAAAAGAUGACACUCGAGACAGAAUGAAUGGUAUCUCUCCGAGAGAUCAAGGUUCAAUAAACGAUUUACACUUUGAUGAUACAUGUCACAUCGAUAAAACAAAUAAAAGAAUUGGUUGUAUGAAUAAUUACGCACAAAAUGAUGGAAAAUAUAAACCAACCGAUCAGCCAAUCCAGAAUAACCGGGACUCCACGGACGUACGAAAGUAUGAAACAGUAGAUACUCCAGAGCAUAAAAAUCCAACAAUUAGUCCAGUCAACGUGAAGAAAGAUUUAACUAAUAACUUGUCCAAAACCAAUCAAUCAACUAUAAAGAAUGAAAAUCUUAGGAGGAACACUGUUGCUUCUAAAUUUUAUUCCAGAAAUUUAGCAUAUAGAGGAGGACAAUACCAUUCACUGACAAGCUCGAUGAGCAGCAGCCAGGGUUCGGCGGAUCAAUCCAAGUCAUUCGAAUACGCAAUAAACAGUGGUACACUACGCAAAGUCCAAGCCCAGGAUUCUGGAAUCUACUGCAGCGACUAUAGAUCGAGUAUAGACUCAGUAUCAAGUUUGACAGAGAGAAACUCUGAUAGAGAAAUGUUGAAAACUAUUAGCGAAGUCGAACAUGAUUAUGACUACAGAGAUGGAAUGUUGUAUUUUCAACCACUUUCUAGUCAAUAUUACGAAAAGAGUAGAAGCUAUAUGCUAGAGAUACGCGACGAAACACCAGU